AUGGUACCGGUGCAGUGUAAACGAGCUAGGGCUGAGCUUCGCAAGCGGGUCCAUAAUGCUCAGAGACACGCUAGGAAAGCCAGGCGGACAAAUCCAGAUGUUAAACGAAGGGCAGAUGUGUGUUCACAGGAUAUCCAAGAACGAAAGCAGCAAUUGGCGGAGAUAGAAGAAAAGGCGGUAAAGGCCGCUCUGAUAGAAGAACGGAGCCGAUUCUGUAACUUCGUGUCUCUUCUAAGCCCUGUUGUGGAGAGUGAAGUGGCAAUGCUAGCAGAGGUCAGUCACCUUCAAGAGGGAACCGAACAAUUGUCGAGACAGAUUUCUGAACCGAGGAGUUUACCCGCUGGGAGUCUACAGGUAUUUGUUGAAAUUGUUUUUCUACUCCGAGUAGAAUAG